UCGUUGAAGAAUCCAAAUACCUUCAAGUUUUAUUGCAUAUACAUAUAAUUAAAAGAAGGGUAGGAAAGUAUGAAUAUAAUGAUAAUCAAUUAUAAGCAAAUGACGAGGAUAGCCACCAGUUUGUUGACAAACGGUGGUAACCUUUCAAGAAAAUACGCUACUGCUGUAGCCGAUUACAAAAUUACUUGGGUACGACCAGAGAAGGUGUCGCAUUUGUCAUAUGAAAAAUCUGGUGAUCAAGGAUUAAAAAUUGAUGUCAAAUCAUCUGAUUGUGCCAAAAUGUACAAUGAGUUACCCGAACUGAAAAAUGCCAGUGAUAUUGUUAAAAAGAUGUUUACGUUACAAUUUCUACCUCGCAAAGAAACGAUUAAUAUUAGAAGAGACAAAAUCUUGGAAUUGGUUCAAAGGCACAGAUUAGAUCGAAAUUCACCAGAAGCUACAAUUGCCAUUAUGACUAAUGACAUACAUCAGUUGCAAGAAUAUUUAACGGAAUAUCCCAAGAACACGAAAAUGAAAGUUCAAUUGCUAGAAACAAUUGCAAAACGAAGGAAAAUGCUUAAAUAUUUACGGCAAUGGGAUUAUAGACGUUUCGAAUGGAUCUUGGAGAAACUUAAUCUUGUUUACAAACCAGUACCUGAGUUACCGCAUCAGAUUACCAGAAAGGAUUCUUUAAGACGUUUAACGCAAAAACAUUGUAAUGAACUUGUGCAAGAAAAAUUGGAUAUUUACAAAAAAGAAUUGAAAAAGUUACAAAAGGAUUUUUAUAUAGAAAAGGCAGAGAAGCUUGCAUUUAUCAGGGAGGAAGAAAUAGCAUGUGGAUUACAACCGUCAGUGAGGGAGGAGGAUAUUGCAUACACUAAGCAGAAAGCAAGAGAAUAUCAAACAUAAUAUAUAUAUUAAUUUAUUGUAAUUUAGAAACGAUACAAGUGUAAACGAAAGUUCACGUUGUCAGUCAGUGUGUAUCUUUUCACGUUUCAUUUUGUCUAUUCCAUUUAAUGGAAAUUUUCAUUAUUUGAAAUUUAUGGCAAUCGAUUUCUCGUAAGCUUGAUGAGAAGAUUUUUAUGAAAAAGUACAUGAUAAACAGUACAGAAAACUACAUAAUAUAAGAUCUUGGAAAUUCUUAGUUUUUCGUAGAUAUUCAUAGUGAGGAGUAAGUAGAGUAUUUGAAAAAUCAAGAAAUUCUCCGUUCUUUCCAUAUACGUCUUCUGACGUUGUAUCACGAAUGUUUAAGAAACAUUUUUUCCACAAAAACUCUAUGUGAUAGAGUCCUUGUAUAGGGACUCUAUAGUAUCACGAAACAGACAAUGCCACUCUAUGGCCGGUAUUCAUAGUCAGAUCUUAUAUUCAAGACCGUCUUAAAUACGGUCUUAAGAAGUC